CGUCCGGCGUCACUCGGCCCGUUCCUGCCUGCCACCGCCGCCGCCGCCGCCCCUCCGCCCCGCCCCAGCCCCGCACCGCACCGCCCGCACACGCCUACAGCCACGCCGCCCAUGGGCCGCCCGGGGAGGUAGCGCCGCCGCCCAGCCGCCGCCCGAGCCGCCGCCGCCAUGCCGGGGCGCGUGCCGCCCGUCUCGGGGGUGCUGUAUGCCGCCUCGCUGGUGUGGGAGGCCGCCAAGGCCGCGGCGCCCACCUCCUGCCUCGGCGCCGCCGACGAGAAGCUCAACUUUGCCAAGACUAGCCGCGAGAAGGGCGACAUGGAGAUGACCUCAGUGGCGGGCGCCGCCCCGGGGGAAGAAGGCGGCCCCCCGGGGGAGGGCGCGCCGCCCCUGCAGCGGGAGGCCUCCGUGGCCAGCACGUCCACAGUGGGCGGGGGGGAGGGCGGCGAGCACGACGCCAUCACGGAGUGGCAGGCGGGAUGGAACGUGACCAACGCCAUUCAGGGUAUGUUCAUCGUGUCCCUGCCCUAUGCUGUGCUCCACGGGGGGUACUGGGCUAUCGUGGCUAUGGUGGGUAUCGCCUACAUAUGCUGCUAUACGGGAAAGAUACUGGUGGAUUGCUUGUACGAGGUCAACGAAGAGGGUCAGCUGAUCCGCGUUCGAUCCUCAUAUAAGGGCAUUGCCAGAGAGGUGUUCGGGCAGAAGUGGGGUGGGAAGAUUGUCAACACGGCACAGUUGAUCGAGCUGCUCAUGACCUGUAUCCUGUACGUGGUUUUGUGCGGUGACCUCAUGAUCGGGAGCUUCCCCAAUGGGCCUAUCGACGCUCGCUCCUGGAUGAUGCUGUGCGGGGUCAUCCUCCUCCCCUGCGGCUUCCUCAAGAACCUCCACCACGUCUCCACAUUGAGCUUCUGGUGCAUGGUCGCUCAUCUCGCUAUCAACAUUAUCAUCUUUGGCUACUGCAUCGGGAACGCCUCCACCUGGGCAUGGUCGAAGGUCAUGUUCAGGAUUGAUAUCAUUGAAUUCCCGAUCGCUCUGGGCAUCAUCGUAUUCAGCUACACAUCGCAUAUCUUCCUGCCGACCCUGGAGUAUAACAUGGUUGACCGGUCGAAGUUCACGUGUAUGUUGAACUGGAGUCACAUAGCAGCGGCGCUCUUCAAGGCUCUCUUCGGGUAUGUGGGCUUCAUGACCUGGGCGGUGGACACGGAGGAGGUCAUCACCAACAACCUACCGAACCCGACUUUCAAGGGCUUCGUCAACAUCAUCCUGGUGGUCAAGGCAUUGCUGUCCUACCCACUCCCAUUCUACGCCGCGGUGGAAAUCAUCGAGGUGACAUUCUUCAGAGGGAAGCCCAAAACUGCCCUUCCGUCGGUAUGGGCAUUAGACGGGGAACUGAAGGUCUGGGCACUGGCGAUUCGGGUCCUGGUGGUGGUGUUCACGAUCCUAAUGGCUAUCUCCAUCCCCCACUUCGCGAUCCUGAUGGGCCUGAUCGGGUCCUUCACUGGUACCAUGCUCUCCUUCAUAUGGCCGUGUUACUUCCACCUCAAGAUCAAGGCGGGAAAACUGGAGUGGGGGGAUAUCGCCUAUGACUACUUCGUGAUCUUCCUUGGGUUUCUUUUUGGGAUCAUCGGCAUCACGACCUCCUUCUAUUCCCUCGUGCAAGCCUUCAAGAUUGGCCUGCCAUUCUAAACACCUGAAAAUCGAUGUUCUGGGGCAGGUCCGGGAAUUGGGAUACUGUUCCACUCCUUCGAAACUCCGGGCGACAGAAAUCUAUGCCCCACUAACACCCAGUUCCACAGUUCCACAUGGAUGGUUCGUAAGCUUCCAAACCAAAUCCUUAACUACGAACAUGUCCUAUGGUGUUUGCUGUACAUUAACGAAGGUACUAUACAGGAUAUCUCUCUAGUAUUGCUGCAGUAUAGUUGACGAGGAAGCUGUACUGGACUAUGGAACUGGGUCUUAGAGUGGAUGUUCCCCGGGCAAGGCAAGUCUGGGUGUGGCUAUGCGCUGGAUUGUUACAGGAAUUGCGAUGUUCAAGUUCGGUUCCUUUGAAAAUUCGGAUAUAUGGACACAAGAAAGCCGUGAAUAUGGUCUACAGAGAAAUCUUUGACCCAGAAAUCCCUGAAUAUGAUCUACAGAGAAAUCUUUGACCCAGAAAUCCCUGAAUAUGAUCUACAGAGAAAUCUUUGACCCAGAAAUCCCUGAAUAUGGUCUACAGAGAAAUCUUUGACUCAGAAAUCCGUGAAUAUGAUCUACAGAGAAAUCUUUGCCCAAGACAUAGGAAAUAUUGCCUACGGAAAGGUCUCUGCUUAAAUGUCCGGAUGAAUGGUCUCCAGAAAAGUCUUAACCCGCAAAACUCCGGUAAUGUUUAAUCCAGAAAUGUCUUUGCCCCAAGAAUCGAAUAUGCCCCGACAUCUCAAAUGCCCCGAAAUGUGCGAAAAUGCCCAGAGAUGCCCCGGAAUGCCCCAAAACCCCGGACCAGCUGCCCCGAUGCCCCAAAACCAGG